UGAUUGGCAGCACUGAUGGGCACUGAUGAGGUGGCAUGGAUAGGCAGCACUGAUGGGCACUGAUAGGAGGCACUGAUAAGCGGCAUUGAUGAGCUGGCACUGAUGAUGCUGCACUGAUAGCCAGCACUGAUGGGUGGCACUUCUGGGCGGCACUGGUGGGUUGCACUGCUGGGCACAGGUGGGUGGCACUGCUGGUUAGCACUGAUGGACACAGUUGGGCAGCACUGUUGGGCACAGGUGGGUGACACUGCUGGGCACUGAAGUGCCGGUUAUCGGCAGUACUUUCCUGCAGCCGAUAACCGGCAACUG